GGUAGCGGGGAGCCGAGGGAAGGAGGGGGGCUGAGGGGCCGGGAGGGACCCGAGCGGGCCGGGGACGCGGCGCCGCCCGCCCUCCUGGCUCUGUCUGGGCCGCCCCUCCGAGCCCCCAUCUUUUCCUUUGGGCUCGGCUGAAGCCCCUCUGCUCGCUUUCCUGCACCCCGGGGGCUGUGAGAGAAGUCAGCGCACAGACUGUCCGGCAGCCGUUCUGUACUGCUGAGAGCAGAACGAGGUUGUGACAGGACAGAUAAGCCAAGGAGCUGCAGGGUGGUUUCUGCGCUGUCUCCAACUCAGUGUAGUCUGAAUACCUGGAAAGUUCAGGACGUUUGAAGAGAAAAACUGGAGAACUGCUUCUUACCUGAAACUGGAUGGCUUCUACGGUGAGCCUGGGUAAAGAAACAUUAUUGGAAGAUGGAAUGCCCCCCGCAAAAAAGCCCAGGAAGCUGUUGCCAAGCCUAAAAACCAAGAAGCCUCGGGAACUUGUUCUGGUGAUCGGAACAGGAAUCAGCGCUGCGGUUGCUCCCCAGGUCCCAGCUCUGAAGUCUUGGAAGGGUUUGAUCCAGGCCCUCCUGGAUGCCGCUAUUGACUUUGAUCUUCUGGAAGAUGAAGAAAGCAAAAGGUUUCAGAAGUGUCUCCAUGAGUACAAGAACUUGGUGCACAUUGCCCAUGACCUUAUCCAGAAGCUCUCUCCGCGCACAAGCAAUGUUCGCUCAACGUUUUUCAAAGACUGUCUGUACGAGGUGUUUGAUGACCUGGAAUCUAAAAUGGAAGAUUCUGGGAAACAGCUGCUUCAGUCAGUGCUUCACCUGAUGGAAAACGGGGCACUGGUGUUAACCACAAACUUCGACAACCUGCUGGAACUGUACGCAGCACACCAGGGGAAGCACCUGGAGUCUCUUGACCUGACGGAUGAGAAGAAGGUGCUGGAAUGGGCCCAGGAGAAGAGGCAGCUCAGCGUCCUGCACAUCCACGGUGUGUACACCAACCCCAGCGGCAUCGUGCUGCACCCAGCCGGCUACCAGAACGUGCUGCGCAACACCGAGGUGAUGCGAGAGAUUCAGAAGCUGUACGAAAACAAGUCGUUCCUGUUCUUGGGCUGUGGUUGGACUGUUGAUGACACCACGUUUCAGGCCCUCUUUCUAGAAGCUGAGAAGCACAAGUCAGACCUGGAGCACUUCAUGCUCGUGCGGAGAGGAGAUGUGGACGAGUUUAAGAAGCUCCGUGAGAACAUGCUGGACAAGGGCAUUAAAGUGAUUUCCUAUGGAGAUGAAUACACAGACCUGCCCGAGUACUUUGGGAGGCUGGCGAGUGAGAUUGCCACGCGGGGCCGAGCAGGUGUGCCUAAGGAGGAACAACAACUGAACGGCUCCGCCGCAGCGCACGCUGAGAUAACAGCACCCGGCGUCCCUCUUUCCAACCACCUCGCCAGGUGCCACAGGAGCGGCGCGGGCCCAGGCCGGUUCUGCAGGGCCUUUCCUUCCCACAGGCUGCAGCACGUGAGCCGUGAGCCGCAGGCCAGGAGCGACGCUCCCACAGCGCAGGGAGCUGCAGCACCGCGCGAGGGGAGGAGCAGAGCCCUGCUCACUGCUCAGAGCUGCUGCUGAGGCGGGCAGGCAGAGCCGAGGGCUGGGCCCCUCCUCACACAGAUACCUGACUGUCCUUUUUACCAAGGCUGGUUGCUGGGGGUGAGGUCUCCCCACCUCAGCUGCAGCCUCCUGUAAUUUCAUACUUAAUGCCUUUGUAUUCUGUACUUUCACUUCAGAAUGAAACUUGAGCAGUUUUUGUUUUGUUUUGUUUUUACUUGAAGCUCUAGUUUUAUAGCCCUUCCUUUGUACUGUACAGUAUUUUGUAUGUUGAAGCUCCUAUUAAAGGUCUGUUCAGUUCCAUUA